CUUUAAUGAAUUCUCAUAUUUACCUGACAACACACUAAUUACAUGAGAUGUUUGUAGAUUCUACUUAGCCAUUGGUCUCACCUUCAUUUGUUAAACCAACUACUCCUCCAUCAAAGGAGGUAUUCAAUUUUCAAUGCAAUAUUUUAGAAAAGAUAUUUCUUUCAAGAAGUAGUUACAAGUCCUUCAAAGAAAGAUGAUAAGUCAACUGAGAAUUAUUCAAACAGAAAAAUCAGUUAGAAUUCGAUUUUCGAUUCCAAAGUAGAAUUGAAACUAAGUAAUCCUAAAAUUUGAUAGCUUAGCAAAUAAUGAAUUAUACCUUAAGAAUUUAUAGGAACAAUAGAAUAAAAGUAGGGACGGAGAAAUAAUUCUCAAAUUGUAAUAGGAACUCUAACAAUAAUCUUAAAUUAUUUUAAGUUUAUAAAGUAAAGUUUGACAUGAUUUAGAUUAAAUAUAAAUUUUGAAAGAAUUAAACUAGAAAUAUCACUCUAGUGUUUCAUAAUUGCUCAGUUAGAUCAAAAAUUUAGAGUAAGAAAAUCAAUCCUUUUAAGAUUAACUUCUAAAAUCAAGAUUGGGUUUCUAAGACCAAAUUAAAUAACAAUAAUAAAUAAAAAUAGAUAUGGAAAAUGCAAAAAUCAAAAUAUUAAAUAAGGAUCAGAUGAUUGAAUCUUUAAAUUAGCAAUUAUCAUCCUUUCGUCAAGAGAUAAGCAAAACCAGAGUUGCUAUAAGUCCCAAUAGAGUCAUAGAGUAACCAGUAAAUCACUACCAUCCUUCAGUCUCAUAUAUUAAUUAUAGAAUAGCUCAAUAAAGAUCACAUUCUAAUAAUUUAAAGAAUUUUUGA